GCGCCGCGGCGGCUGCGGAUCCCGGUUGCCGAUCCCGGUUGCGGCUCUGCCUGCCGACGGGAGCUGUACUCGGGAUGGAGGACGAGGAUUUCUUGUUGGCCCUCAGGCUGCAGCAGGAGUGGGAAGAGCAGGACAAGGCAGCGGUAGAGGCGGCGGCGGCAGCGACAGCGGCAGCGUGCCCUGAUGUCUCUCCGUACCGCUCGUCCCUCCGCCCGCUGUCGGUGGUGGACGAGGCGUGGGAGCUGCUGGACCCCAGCCCCGACGUGCACGGCCUGUUCGUGCAUUUCAACCAGACGCUCUUCUGGGGCAAGCUGGAGGCUGUCACGGUGUCCUGGAGCCCCCGCAUGACCAGCUCUGCUGGUAUCUGUUCAUAUCACGAAAGAAGUGGGUUGUGUUCCAUUCGUCUCAGUGAGCCGCUUCUGAAGUUACGGCCCAGGAAGGAUCUUGUGGAGACAUUGUUGCAUGAAAUGAUCCAUGCCCUGCUCUUUGUUACUCAUAACUACAAAGACCGUGAGUCUCAUGGACCAGAGUUCUGCAAGCACAUGCGUCGCAUUAAUCUCUUGACUGGAGCCAAUGUCACAAUCUAUCACAAUUUUUACGAUGAGAUUAAUUUGUACCGCCAGCACUGGUGGCGAUGCAAUGGCCCCUGCCAAAACAGAGCGCCUUACUUUGGAUAUGUGAAGCGUUCAAUGAACAGAGCACCCUCUGCACAUGACUUCUGGUGGGAUGAACAUCAAAGGACGUGUGGGGGCACGUUCACAAAAGUGAAGGAACCAGAGAAAUUCUCAGAGAAGUCCAAGCAGAAAACCCAGACAGCAAAACCUCCACAUUUCAAGUCAACUAACAAAGGCAAUACACAAAUGCAAGGUAUGCAAGACCUGACUCCUUUUAGUGGAAUGGGAUAUCGGCUUGGAGGAGGAGAUGGUGUACUUUCUGAGAAAAACACAAAUGCCAGCAGCUCCACUGAAAAUAGUGAAGUGCAUGGCUCACUGCAUCAUUCAGCAGUAAGGAUAAUGCCAAUCCCUAAAAAGGAGAAAAAACUGGAAAAAUUACCCCACAGUGGCAUCUUUCUGUUUCAUGCCAAUGGUGCCAGUGAGAAGAGCAACUUAUCUUUAAAGCGUGAGUUUCCGAAACCAUGUGCUGCUAGUGCAGAAGAUGAUGAGAACGACUGUGGGUUCCCUGCUAGGGUGGCUCGUGUUGCUGAAGAAACGUCAAGCCAAGGCUCACCAGUUGGCAAGAGGGCUAUGCCAUCUUCUAACUGGUCACCAAAACGAAUUUGUUUGGAGCAGACCCCAAGAGCUCAGGGUGCAUCUGAGAAAAAACGCUUAGAAUGUGCUAAUACACUGCAGCGAUGGCCAAAAGAGGAAGAUAAAACUGCCUUUGAAAAGUAUUUCAUCCAAAAGGGGGGUACUGAUGUCACUACAACUACAAAAAGCAGAGCUGAACUUCUAGAGUCCUCUGCAGGUCCCAGCAAUCCUGUGAGGCAGGAUAGAAGAGUCAGUUGUCCUGUCUGUGAGACUGAUGUUUUGGAAUCUAAAAUAAAUGAACAUCUUGAUUCUUGUCUUGCGUAAAACAGCAGAAAGUUUCUUAAAAAGGUAAACCAGGGCUGGAAGCAUUGUUUGAAAGGUAAUUUGCUCAGGGUUUGUUCAGCUGUGGUUACACCCCUGUGUGCCUGUUCUGAAAUGGAAUUUAAAAUGUAAGUGACCUCCGUAUCCUCAUGCUAGUAAGUAAAAAUUGUGUUGAAUGCUGCUAGGAAUAUUGGUAAAGACUGUUCCUGGAAAUGUCAUAAAAGCUUUCAUGAUUUCCCAGUUAAACUUCCAGUGCUAUACAGGACAAAUUAGGGUUAAAGGGACAUUACCUGCCAGUCUGUAUUCUUCUGGAAGCUAGCUAGGUUCUUGGUUAGCAGGCCAGUCAGUUGAGUGCUAAAGCCAUUGUGCCAUGAAAAGUUAUGAGUGCCAGGCACAUGUGUUUUCCAUGUGAGCUUCCUGAAACGUUCUCUUGCUGCACUAAGGUAUUUAACGGGUUAAACAUUAAGCAGUUUUAUUCCUUACAACCAGUAAAACUGACUGUAUGUAUAUUUGCUUAAAAAAAAUAGUUUUAUAUAAAUAGCUUUUAAACAAAAUUGGUUUAUAUCUUCUUACUGUGAUUUUAAAUGGCUGUAUCAGCCUGGUUUGUACAUGUUUACAGUAUUACUGCUGCUCUCUUAACUCAUUUUAAAUGCUUUGUAUUUUAAAAAUUAUUGACACUACAGAAGAUUAAUGUAAAUUACUUUGUUCUUGCAUACUUUGAAUAAAUUGUUACUGAAGUUUAAAUUUCCACUAA